UAUAGCAUGGCCACCGAGCACAAAGCCAGCACCAUAAUUGCUGAGCAACCAUAUCAUUCAGCAGAGUAUGGAGAACCUUCGGCAUCAGUCACAUCAGCCAAUGUGUACCCCAGUGUACGUGACGAAGAAGCCCCGCAGUCGGCAUUUUCGAUCAUCGAACCACCCGCGCAGCUUUCGACCGUCACAACGCACAUUCUAGACCCGGUCCCCAAUGACAUUUUCCCCGAUGGCGGUCUCCGCUCCUGGAGUGUGAUCACAGGAUCAUUCCUCUUGCUCAUGAGUACCUAUGGCUUGAUGAACUCCACCGGUGUGCUGCAGAGUUAUUUUGCGACCCACCAAUUAUCGACUUACUCCACCAGUGCUGUGGGUUGGAUCCCCGGUGUCUUUCUGUUUUUUGGACUGGGGUUGAGUGCUCAGGUGGGAUCGAUGUUUGACCGGUAUGGUCCGACGGGGAUUCUGAUCACGGGUACUGGGUGCUAUGUCGCGGGUCUCUUGCUUCUGGCGGAAUGUCGGCUGUAUUGGCACUUUAUUUUGACGAUGGGGGUGUUGACUGGAACGGGUUCGGCACUUUUGAGUACUGUUGCGUUGUCGGCUGUGCCGCAUUGGUUUGAUCGCAGGGUCGGGUUGGCCAUGGGGACUGCUAUGGCUGGUGGUGGAGCCGGAGGUGUGGUCUUUCCGCUGGUACUAAGGGCGGGGUUUACGAAUUUGGGAUACAGGUGGACGAUUAGACUGCUGGCUCUGAUCAUUGGUAUUUUAUGUGGGGUGGCCAUUCUGCUGGUUAGGUCUCGUUUGCCGAAAGGUCGAAGCCGGUCGACUAUCAACCUGCGGGCCUUCAAGGAUACCAGGUUCACUUGGUUAACAUUGGGAACUUUUAGCUUGGAGUUGGAAGUCUUUGCCGGGAUUGGUCUAUACCCAACAUACGUUGUGAUGCAGGGUUUUAGCACUUCCACCAGUGUUAUUCUUCUUGCCGUGCUGAGCGUAUUUUCCACUGUUGGUCGGCUGAUGGCUGGUGGCAUCGCUGACAAGUACGGACGGAUCAACACACAGGCCAUUCUUAUCGCGCUCGGGGCCCUAGCAAUUUUCAUAAUAUGGUUGCCAUUCGGUGACACACUGCCUGGUCUGUAUAUGUUCAGCGCAGUGUUUGGGCUUGCAUCUGGCUCUUUCCUGAGUUUAGCACCGGCAUGCAUCGGACAGAUAUCCAAGGCGAGUGAAGUCGGAGGAAGAUUCGGGAUUUGCUACUCCCUGGUCAGCAUAGCAACCCUGAUCUGUAUUCCUAUCGGUGGUGAGAUGUUGCAAAAGGUGGGCAAGAAAGCGAUGGUCGGUUAUCUGGGAAGCGUGCUCAUCGUGGCAUUGGGCAUGUUUACCAUGGCGCGAUGGGCGUGCUUGGGCUAUCGGUGGAGAUGGCAGGCCAAAAUCUAACCAAAUACACACUGCUCAACAGAUCAAAAGAA